CAAAAAUACAAACAUGGCGACUCGCAUGUGCAUGCGUUUACAUCUCAUGAGAAAGUCGAAGUUCCUGACUGAUAGGCCUACAGCUUUCCUAAAAGAUACAUGUACCAGAACUUUAAAAACUUACAAAUCACGACGUCCUGUCCUAUCAGAGUUAUUCCAUAAGCGACAAUCCUUAGGACCAGAACCCGAGAGGCAUCCAUCUGCAUAUGGAAUAUGGAACUACGAUUCUGAGGUGUAUGCAUUUGGUAAAAGAUUAGGUGAAGAUUUUAAAGAUGAAAUACUAAAAACAUCACUGGUUCUAAGAUCAUAUCAAGAAGAAGACGAAAAGGCAAAAGAAAUCCUUUUGGAUGAUUACAGUGAGGAGAAUGAUGAUGAUGAUAAUACAGUAUCAAGAGACAGCAAUGAACAGCUGGCAAAACAAGGUGAGAAGUUGGCAUCCCGCUAUGUGAAAGCCUAUCUGCGGGCAACGUACCCAGAGAUGUUUGAGGAGGGCAUCAGUGCCGUCCACGACUAUCUCACGUCUGAUGAAAUGUUCGCCUAUGUAGGCAGCCAGCUAGGUCUGAAGGACAUCAUCCUAAAAAUGGACUAUCCCCCUACAGAUGAGGACUACAGUGUUACUAUGAAGGCAGUGAUAGGAGCUCUAGCAGCAAGCCAGGAUGUUGCUCGGGCUGAAGCUUUUGUAAGGGAUUUUUUCAUUGUUCAGCUUGUGGCUGAGGAUAUCAACGAGAUCUGGGAUGUCAUCAACCCUAUGGGUGUGCUGACAAACAUACUUAAGAAGAUGGGCUUGUCACCUCCAGAACCAAGGCUUAUAUGGAAGUCAGCUGCAUCUACGGUUAUGUCUGUGUACCAUGUGGGGCUGUAUAGCGACAGGACACUCUUAGGACGAGCUCCAGGGGAAACUGUAUCCAUAGCGGAGGAGAUGGCGGCACGAGAUGCAUUGAAAAAAUAUAUGAACACUCAGGACCACAGAGCACCAUUAAAAUUUCGUGAGGCAGCAGAAAAACUACAAAUAGACUAUGAUAGGAAAAACGCUAGCCUUAGUAAUUUAUCAUCUGGAUCCUGAAGUUAGAUAAUUAUAUAUAAAUCAAAGAUUACACUUUUGAAACUGACAUAUUGCUGAGGUUCUGCAAGCCACACGUGUGAAUGUGAUCGUAAAAUGGAAGAACAAUAUAUUACUGAAAGAUUUGUGAUUUGACAAUUUCAAAAGAGGGCUUGUUCUCCCUCGUGUCAGAAAGGUGUUUCUGGAGAAUGUCCUUUCAAUAGGGUGUCAGCUUGCCUUAAACUUCAUAGUUAAAGCCAGGAGUUGCUGUAGUACAGUCAUGUGUUAUGCCAGUACACAGGUUUACCUCCCCUUGACAGAGAAGGCAUUCUUAGAAACAAGUUGCAUUUAUCAGUGCUGGAAUAUUUAGCCAGCAAACUGGUUGAUUUUUUGAAAUGGUUGAGAUUGAUUAUUAAAUAUAUAAUGAACGAAUA